AUGACCACUGAUACUGCGGACAAGGAGCAGCGUGACAGACUCGCAGGGUUGUACGAGACCGAUCAUCAUCAGAGGUCUAUUGCCAGGCAGGAUAUUGACCGGCCGCUGCUGAUCGUCGCAGGCGCCGGAUCUGGCAAGACCAACACACUGUGUACUCGGGCUAUCGAGAUGAUCAAGCAGGGAGUGGCGGCUGAGACCAUCAUGGUCAUCACGUUCACGAAUAAGGCUGCAGGUGAGCUGAGUGAGCGCAUUGGUAAGCUCAUGGAGGCUAAUGGAAUGAAGGGUGCAUCGCCACCACAUUCAUCAACCUUCCACUCGUGGUGCUACAAACUCAUAAGGGAGUAUUAUGUUAAGCUGGGACUAUCAGAGGCCCCAGAUAUUGUUACUGAGGAUGGUGAUCUCAAGCUCGCACUCCAUCUUGGGUUGUCUUGCUCGACGACUGCCACAUGCUGGUUCAGUGCGAAACCAUGCUCGCUAUCCCGCCUCCAGACAGCCGUGAUGGCCCAGCCCAUUCUGUGCUGUACCACUUCCUGCGCGGCCAUUUCCACAGGAUCAGAGGGCUCCGUGACAUCACUGCCAGACCACUUGCUCGUCCGCUGCAUCCUCCGGCCAUUCUGGCUUCGCACAGUCCGAUGCUUACUAUGCAUAUCAUUUGGGAUUUGUUCAAUCCAGCAAGACGCGCGGAUACCUGGCUACGAGCUACGACAUCCAGAAGCGGUCCAUGAUCGAGGCGUACAAUGCGAGCCCGACCAUCCUGCAGAUCACACGCGAAAAUGCAGAUGGAUCUGGUCAUGCUCCUGCAGAAGGACGCUGGCCGCGUCACAGCAGUCGGCGACGAGCGACAGAGCAUCUAUGGCUUCCGUGGUGCCACAUGCAAAAGCAACUUUAGCAGGUUCCUGGAAAACUUUGUUGAUGCCAAUAUGGCCAACACCAACAAUGUGCCCAGAAGCCUCGUUGGAAGCAUGGAGUCGCUACCGUCUAGCGUGCCAACCAAAGGAUAUCGCGCUAAAGCGCCACCGGCCGUCAGCCUGCCUGGAAAUCGAGCUACUGGAUCUAGGGAUUCCAUAUGUCAUCCGUGGCGGUGCAUCGUUCAUUGGAGGCGCAUCUGUUCAGAACCUUCUGGCGCCGCUGAGGCUAAUGGUUGAUCGCACAGAUGACGCUGCCAUGCGUACUUGCCUCAAGCGCAUCUGUGCCAUGGAGCCUGACGCUAGCGGCGACAGUAGUGUGUACGGAAAGGCAGAGCGUGUUCUGGACACGAAACAGUUCAUGGAUACCAUCGGGCAGUGGGAUCAGGGCAUAGGUGAAAUGACGCUGCAAGAGCUUGUGUCCACUGUCUGCUGCGAGUACGCCCUUAGCAUCACCAGUGCUAGGAGGUCCAGGAGCGAUGGGUCUGGCAGCGAGCAGAACUUUGGCCAAAAAUCCAUCACCACGAUGCUGCGCAAUACCGUCGCUAUCUUUUUCUCUGGACGCGUCCAAGGCGCUGCCGCGGUGAAACUGCGGUUCAAGGACAGCGACAUGUGCUCACACGCGAUGCUGCGUGCGUUCCUGGCCUAUGACACUAGCUGGGCAGGCGUGGAUGCGGUGGUUAUUUCGACUUGGGAGCACGGUACAUUCCCGAUGAAGUACCGUGACCGCCCUGAAAGCAAUAUUGCAUACCGCGGUCUUUAUAUUUCGGUUAUUGAGACUAAUCCGUUCUACGGGAUGGCCAGGUCAUCUGGAGUCAGGGCUGUACCGUCACGAUACUUACCCGUGGCCAUGUGGCCGCUAAAGUAG